UCACUGUUACUCUUGUGACGUCAGCGAGCUGCAAGUAAACGAAUGAACUGACGGAGGAGAGAUCGAGCCCUUACCGGAGCUACCGGGAGGCACCAGAAUCACAGAGCGAGUCCCCGCAGCGCGCCCCGGAGCAGCCGAACCGAGGAAACGGUGUGCUGUGCGCCAACCACAGGAAGAAGCAAGCGAUGCGAGCGCAGCUCACCGCCGCCCAGUAACCAAGCCAAGCAGUGCCGAAGAGACCGAAGGGACGGAGGUUCGCCGUCAGGAGACGCAAGGAGAACGGACACGAAGCCAGCUGCGGUGGCUCCACCGUGCUGCUUUCUUCUGCUUUGCGCGCCGUGGACCGAACCGAGAGGAUCGCUGCGUUAAUGCUUUAACGGAGCCUCUGCGCCCGGUCUGAGAGAGAGGGAGCUGCCCAGAGAGAAAGAGACGGAUCGAAGGCAGAGCUCAGUGAAAGUGGAAAUACAGUCACACAGUUGAAGGAUCUGCUGUCAGAUUUCUUUCUUUUUUUCCCCCUUCAAUCUUUCUGUUGUAAAUCCACCGAUCGGGUGCGUUUUCGUUUCGUGGAUCCUGGUACCGGUAACGCUAUCAAGCUGUGUUCUCUAACCAUGGGAUGUACCCUGAGCGCAGAGGAGAGGGAGGCUAUUGACCGGAGCAAAGCCAUCGAGAAGAACCUGAAGGAGGACGGGCUGAUUGCGGCCAAAGAUGUCAAACUGCUGCUGCUCGGGGCUGGAGAGUCAGGGAAAAGCACCAUCGUCAAACAAAUGAAGAUCAUCCAUGAGGACGGCUUCUCUGGAGAUGACGUAAAGCAGUAUAAGCCUGUCGUUUACAGCAACACCAUCCAAUCUCUGGCUGCCAUCGUCCGUGCCAUGGAUACGCUCGGCCUGGAGUAUGGAGACAAAGAGCGCAAGGCGGACGCUAAGAUGGUCUGCGACGUCGUCAGCCGCAUGGAGGACACGGAGCCCUACUCCGCCGAGCUGCUGGGUGCCAUGAUGCGUCUGUGGGCCGACUCGGGCAUCCAGGAGUGCUUCAGCCGUGCCCGAGAGUACCAGCUCAACGACUCAGCGCAGUACUACCUCGACAGCCUAGAUCGGAUCGGCGCGGCAGACUACCAGCCGACAGAGCAGGACAUCCUCCGAACCCGAGUGAAGACUACAGGCAUCGUCGAGACACACUUCACCUUCAAAAACCUUCACUUCAGGCUGUUCGAUGUGGGAGGUCAGCGGUCGGAGAGGAAGAAAUGGAUCCACUGUUUUGAAGACGUGACGGCCAUCAUUUUCUGCGUGGCUCUGAGCGGAUACGACCAGGUGCUGCACGAGGACGAGACCACGAAUCGCAUGCACGAGUCUUUGAUGCUCUUCGACUCCAUCUGCAACAACAAGUUCUUCAUCGACACCUCCAUCAUCCUCUUCCUCAACAAGAAGGAUCUGUUUGCAGAGAAGAUUAAGAAGUCUCCACUCAGCAUCUGUUUCCCGGAGUACACAGGACCCAACACCUACGACGACGCGGCAGCUUACAUCCAAGCACAGUUCGAGAGCAAGAACCGCUCUCCAAAUAAGGAAAUCUACUGUCACAUGACCUGCGCCACAGAUACGGGGAACAUCCAGGUUGUGUUUGACGCUGUAACCGAUAUCAUCAUCGCCAACAACCUCCGAGGGUGUGGCUUGUACUGAGCGCGCUCCCCACACACCCUGUAAUCCCCCUCCCUCACCUCCACCACCCCAGCUUUUACCCCAUCUUUCCUGUCCUCCUCCUCUUCCUCCUCCUCUUCCUCUGUCUUGUUCCUUUGGCACUGCUGUGGAAAUGAUGAUGGCGAUGAUGAUGAUUCUCUAAAGAAAAACAACAAAAAAAAAUCCAACUAGGUACAUAUUAAUAAUGAGGAUGAUUUAAAAAAAUAGGCAUACAUGCAUAUAAAUAUAAAUAUAUAUAUAUAAAUCUAUCUAAUGUUUUUAGUGUCAUCUCUGCUCUGAUUCCCCCCCGGUGUUUCUUUUUUUUUUUUUUUUUUGGGUCUGUUGCCAAGCAAACAAAAUGAGUUUUAGUAGAAAAUACCCAAAACCCUGCAGCCUUGAAAUCAUCUUGAACAAAGUUAAGGAAAGCCUCCAUUCCCGCUCUUUCACGUGGUCGACUGUAUUUUUGUUGUUAACAAAACUGAAGUCUGUACUGUUUUUUUUUUUCUCUUGCAUACUUUUUUAUGUAUUGUUACCCUCAAAAUGAUGAUGCUGUUUUAUUUCUUUGACGAUCGUGUGUAUAUUUAUUGAGUCUGUACACUGAUUUUCCUCACGUUCUGCCUCACCUGACACCCGUUUCUUUUUAAUCUUACUUAUUUUUGGCUGUUUUGGGGAUUGUUAACAAUCUUUUUUUAUUUGCAAAAAGAUGUGUAAAUGUGAACAGCACUAAAAAGCACCUGACAGGUUGGUUCAGAACCUUAAAAAAAACAACACAUCUGCUAAAACUGACGUGAUGAUUUUUCUUAUUUUGUUUACAUUUGAGAAGAUAUUUUAAGGUGUUUAUCUCUGUUUUCCUUCUGAGUAACUUUUAACAUCUUCACAUUCAAGACCCAGUUUCCAUCGUCAGGAUUCCAGGUUUCCUGUUUUCCAUAACCUGGCCUUUGUCAUCCGCCAGCCGCCGACCACAGCCGGGCUCAAGAGCCAAUAGGAAACGUCCUUUCUGACUGAAACGUUGGUGCCAUGUAACAGAGGCACUGUGCUGUAGAUAGCUGCGCUUUUAGAAGCAAGUACAUUAAAACUCCUACCUUCCUCCCCCAUAAUAACCUUUUUAACGUUCUCCAUGUAAGAAAACGAUUUAAUUUAUUAAUUAAUUUAUUCCCUGCCGUCCUCUUACUCCCUCCACCCAUCCUCCUUUCCUCUCUGCCAACUCUGGCAUGGCGCCCAGGCGUCAGGAUUUCAGGGUUGAAAGUCACCCUCUUUGCUCUGCUGACCCUCCCUACCCCCCCCCCCCCCUUCUUCUCUUCCAUCCUCACCACAGAUAGCAUGAGAAACUCAACUUUGUAUAAAAAGACCAGUUAAUUGUUCAAACUUAUAACACAAAGCUGCUUAUGAGGGGAAAAAAUGCUUCAUAAAAAGUGUAAAAUCUAACCAAACUGAAAAAAAAAACAAAAAAAAAAAAUUCAAAGCAGCAACUGAGGGGGAGAGCCGGUUUUUGAAUAGGAUUGGGGAGGGGAGGUAAAAUAAGAAUAUUGUGGCAUGUGAGUCAAAGAUUCCGAGCAGGAACGGCUCACAGGUGAAGCUUUGAAGCGGAAAAGUGUAGAUUUUUGGAUUCCUGCGGCGACACAAAGGGCAGAAAUCUACACGUUUGACACCAGAACCAACCGAAACCAGAGAACCCCGCCUUCACCACAGUACCGACAAACAUCAGGAUGAUAUCCAAGGUCAUCUUCCUCGUGAUUUGUAGCUAUGAAAAGUUUUUUUUUCUCUCUCUCUCUCUUUCUAUCUAUCUCCCUUUUUACUUGAAGCAAUGUUUAGCGGAGGGUUUCGGUUGAGCUGACGAGGAACCACCAAGAACCUGGUGUUGUUGUCACGCUCUGAGCUGUGCCCCGGUUCCGGCCCCCGCCUCCUUUUACCGUUCUGCCUGUUUCCCCGCAUUAGAACCGUCUCCUCACUUUAGCCUGACUCAGAACGAUUAAAUAUAAUACUAUAACAAUAUCUAUUUUUUAUUAUUUCUGGGAGGGGGAAGAAAAAACACUUUUUCUGGGGGGAGAGCACGUUUCUCGCUGCAUCCGCUAGUUAGGGAUGCCGCAUGUUGACACAUCGGCGCUGUAUAAAGUCAUGCUCCUUCUUCUUCUUCUUCUUCUUCUUCUUCUCUAUCUCUUUUCAGUUUAGUGCACACCUUCCAGGUCUAUAAUGAAAAGCACAGUUCUCACCUCACACAUACACAUUUGCUCACAAUCACACAGACACACAAUGAGUAGGUUUGGAAAUUUGUUAUUUAUUCAUACCUGAUCUAUGUUCCCCCCUCCCUCAUCCACCUAUCUAUAGAAACCUCUCUUUCUCGCCUUCUUGAUUUCUAGUUUUCAAAAAAGAAGAAAACUGUGUAUAAUGACACGAUGAAGCUGUUAUUUUUUUUUUUGGCAUUCUGUUCCUGUUAUCCUCAUGAUCGUUUUUUUCUGACCUCUGUUCUUUACCCAGUGAAUGCUUUUUUUUUUCUGUGCAGCUUUUUUUCUCUCUUUCUCUCCCUCUACUCUUCUUUAGUGAAUGGUUGUUAUUUCAUGUGGGAUGUCCGUGCUGGAAAAACCAAUCGAAUGUAGUGUUUACAUUAAAAAGCCACUGUUUUCAUGA